GAUGGCAAGCAUGGCUCUAACCACCACCCUCUUCAAGUUCCAAACCUCAAGAGCAAUCAUCGUGCGCAGGCCUUGGAGCUCUAGGAUUUUCGUAGGUGUUGCGCCAAUUAAGCCUUUCCAGGCAACUAGGCGGCAUGCGACAACUGCUGCAUACGAACAGGCAGCCAAUGCAGCAAGACAAGGCAGCAAAGCAGCCAAACAAGGAACUGAGGCGGCCAAGGAAGCCGGCCAAGAAAUGAAACACGCGGCCGUUUCUAACGCAGAGGAUGUGAUGCAGAAAACCAAGAAUGUGGCCGGAAAGGUGGCCGGAGCUUCAAAAGACAUGAGUGAUAAAGCGAAGCAGACGGCACAAGAAGCCUGGGACUCGGUCAAGGACACCACUCAAAAAAUCAAAGAGACGGUGGUUGGCAAGGCCGAAGAAGCCAAGGAGUUCGCAAAACAUAAUGCUGAGAAAGUCGAGCGCAGCAUGAACACCAAAAAUUAACGCCAAUCGCACUUUUCCAUACGUAUAAUUAAAGCAUCUUCCAGUUACCUAACUAGCUUGAGUAGUUUCUCCUUGUGAUCAUUUGAAUGUUCUAGUCUAGUAAGCUGAGCCGAGUGUGCUCAAUUUGAUCACAUUAUCUGCUAUCUGUUGUCCAGAUA